UAUCACUUUAAUAUAGAUCACCAACCUCUUAAAAGACAGAGUGCCUUCCAACCUCUCUGUGACUGGAAUCCUGUUCACAGUGAGAAUGAUGAAAAUGGAACAAGGAGCCCUCUUUCAGAUUGGUUUCUUCCUCUUGCUUACAGUGGCAACAAUUUCAGCACUGCCACGUGACUGCACAGAGAUUCGGCAUAAGAGCAAGAAUGCUACUUCAGGGCUUUAUGUCAUUCAGCCUGUACGAUCCCCUCCACUUGUGGUCAACUGUGUCAUGAAUCGCAAUGGUGGCUGGACAGUGAUUCAAAGAAACAGAAGAAGCAGCAAGAUCACCUGGAGAGAAAGCUGGACCACAUAUAAAUAUGGCUUUGGUGAUGUGAUGAGUGACCACUGGCUGGGCAAUGAGUACAUCUACCUUCUGACCAAGCAGAAUAGGUACAAACUGAGAAUAGAGUUUAGAGACUAUAGAAAUACAUUUAAAUAUGCAGAGUAUUCUUCUUUUUACCUAGAACCUGAGAGUGGGAAGUAUACUAUCAGACUUGGCCCAUUUACUGGGAAUGUUCCUGAUCAACUGACCAGACUUACAAAGACUGCAAUGAUUGAUAACCAGGCUUUUACUACAAGGGAUAGAGAUAAUGACAACUACCGAAGUUGUUGUGCUGUUCGUUAUGGUGGAUGGUGGUUUGAUGCUUGUGGAUAUGCAUACCUUAAUAACAAGAACCCAUACUGGUCUGGAAUUUCCAUUUUGAAAGUCACCAUGAUGAUUCAAGCAACAUGUUAACUGGGGCUUCAAAGAAAGAUAUCAGUUUGUUUGCCACUCUUAUUUAUUCAGUGGCCAUGAAUAUCACAUAGUUAUUAUGAAAGAAAUCAAAUUAUUUCCAAGACUAUAAAAUGCCAGUGGUAUGCAGUAUACAAUCCACUCUUAGCUCCAACUUUCUGCCCAGGUAAUCAAUCCCAUAAACAGAUUUAAAUAUACUCUGAAAUAUACUCUUCCCCAACACUGUUACCCAUUAUUCACUACUCCCCUAUUCCUGAAUGCUUACUAUCCCCAGUUGUUGCUAUUUAUAAUAAUCUAGAAGCAACUCAUACAUACUACCUUACUUAGAUAGUAUUACUUCUGGGCAUCUCAAUAUUCAUCAUUGCUCCCACCCAUAGAUUGGUUCCCCAGCCCCUGGUUAAUGGUCACAGAUGAAAUGAAUCGGUUUCCCUGAAAGUGGUGGUGUCCAAAUUUCAGGGCACUAAAUAUUUACUUCAUUUUGGGAUGUUUCUGAAUCUUUCACAAGGCCAAAAUAACAUUGCCUCUCACAACAUGCAAGGCAAUCUCGAUAUUUUUGACAUUUCAAUCAGCUUUUGCAAAAUACUGAUGCAGGAAAUGAUAUAGCCAAAGCACAUGUGAACAUGCUUGCAGCCUGGGAAAUAAUGCACAGCGACAUGUAACUGUGUAAGGAGCGAUUUCUGACUGCGAUUUGGGUGUUUCUACUGGGGCUAACUUGGCACUCUUAUCCAAAGAGAAUUCCAUAAAUCUGCUUCAGCUUUUUUACUGAACUGCUUUAAUAAUCAAUGUAUGUUUGAUUACUGUGAUCUAGUCCAAUAAAUUCACAUGAGGAAA